AUGAGGAAAGAACUUGAAUUCCAAGAGGGAGAUCAUAUGUUUUUGAGAAUCACUCCGGUAACUGGUGUUGGUCAAGCUUUAAAAUCUCAAAAGCUCACACCAUAUUUUAUUGGUCCUUAUCAAGUUAUGAAGCGAGUAGGAGAAGUGGCCUAUAGAGUUGGUUUACCGCCAUUUCUUUCGAAUCUUCAUGAUUUCUUUCACGUGUCUCAGUUGAGGAAGUAUAUUCCUGAUCCGUCUCAUUUUAUUCAAGCGGACGAUGUGCAAGUUAGAGAGAACUUGACCGUUGAGGCAUCUCCCUUGAUAGUAGAGGAUCACGAAGUGAAACACAUGAGAGGAAAAGAGAUUGUGUUGGUGAAGGUGGUGUGGGGAUGA